AUGCUGCAGCCCUUUCUCCCAAAGACCAAGGAGGAGAAUGUGGUGCAGCGCGACAUCAUCAAGUACAUCCAGGAGCGAAUCAUGGGUUGGAGUCAGCAUGCGACGAUCAUUGCGGGGCGCUUCGGCUGCGGCAAGACCGUGGCGCUGGAAGAGGCGCUCCGCAACAUGCAGGGCGUCUACGUCCACACCGUGGAGGGCAGCGGUUGGAAGAAGGAGCUCUAUGCAGUGCUGGGCUUGGACGACGAGGAGAUGUUCAGGAAGGUCCUCGAAAAAAUCCGACAGAAGCUCAACAAGCCGCCCGUCCUGGUGCUCGACAUCCCGCGAUCGACCAAGGAAGGCAUGGACUCAAUCUCCAGCUUCGCCAAGACUUUCUCGUCGGAAGGGUCGCUGGCGCAUGCCAGGACCCGAAGACUCAGCCGCCGUGUCUUGCUGGGCUGCGGUAGGGUCUUUGCAAGUUGUCCUGCCGAGGUGAUCGUCUGCGCCUCCUCGGCGGCCAUGGCCAUGGCCUUCGACGCUGGUGGCAGCUCACGCCAACGAAGCAUUUGGGUGGGCGACUUAACCGAGGAGGACGCCGGGAAACUGCUGACCAACCACGGGCACGCUGACAAAAAGGACGAAUUCCUUGGCGCAUGUGGCCUCAAUGCUUUGGAGUUGGUCGAUGCUUGCGAGCGCUACGCCAAGGAUGGGGAGGAGGCGCUUGUGGCCAAGAAGGCGGAGAUGGAGGAGAGGGCACGCGUUGAGGUCCAGCGCUUCAAGAACCAAUGCAAGGUCGACGGACCGACAGGACACCAUAUCCUGAAGAAGCUGCGGGACAACAGGGACGCCAACAAUGGCCAAGGGGCAGAAGAGCUCUGCACCGCUGCAUUUCCGAAAGAUGUGGCGGUGUGGAUCCGUGAGAAAGAUUGUCACCCCGUGAUCUGGCACAUGGUGAAGCGGGAGUACCAAUUCGCCUCGGAGCUGCAUGCGCAAGCAGCCCACGAGAUUGUUGACCGCCCACCACAGUCAUCUGCAUAG